AAAGCCUUUUUAGCCUAAAAGAAAAGCGAAAACUUUGGAAAUCAUUCAAACUGUGCGACUCCUAAAAGCUACCAAAAUACGAAGUCCUAUUUUCCCUUUCUCCAGAACCACCGCCCUAAACAUGGAUCCCAACCCGAAAAGCUACCCGCUACUCUCCUACGUUUUCUCCCGCCUCUCAUCCUUUGGACCCUCCAAACUCCCUUCCACACCCAACUCUGAUCCUCCAUUCGACCUCGAACAACCUCCGCCAAUCCACGACCCCUCAGCCUCAUCAUCCUCCACCAACCCUCCCCAAAUGGUGGACCAAAUGCCCUACAUGUCUCAUCCCAAAGUUCUCGCCUCAAUGACCCAUGCAGUCUCCGACGUCGCCCACACCCGCUCCGUUCUCAAAACCCUGGGCCCACGACCCGACCUAGAGUCCGUCGACAUGGCCCGCUCCAAACUCGCCGAGAUCGAGUCCAGCCUUUCCAAAUCCCUAGAAGAACUCGUCCUCUCUCCUCGACCUGUCGAGUUGGAUAGACUCGAGUGGCGGGCCCACUUGGCCGACAAAGAGCAACAGAUUCGACAGCAAGCUGAGAAAGAGAAAUCUAUUUACAAAUCGAUUUUGCAAUUGCACGAAAUGCACGAGGCUUACGGGAAGCUUCUGAAGGAGGCAGAGGAGAUGCUGGUUAAGAUUUAUGAGAAGGCGGGAAAAGUGGCUGAAAAUUCGGGGGAAGUUGAGGAGGCUAAUGUGGAGGUUGUUGGGAUACUGGAGGAAGCGCAAGGGAGAGAAUUGGAAAGAGUGGAUUUGUCUGGAAGGAAGCUAAGGUUUUUGCCCGAAGCCUUUGGGAAGAUUAGCGGCUUGGUUUUGCUUAAUCUUUCCAAUAAUCAGCUCGAGGUUAUUCCUGACUCAAUUGCUGGGUUGGAAAAACUUGAGGAGCUUAAUAUUUCUUCGAAUCUUCUGGAAUCACUACCAGACUCGAUUGGGUUGCUUCAGAACUUGAAAAUCUUGGAUGUCUCAGGAAAUAAACUGAAUGCCUUAACUGACACCAUUUGUCAUUGCAGGUCUUUGAUAGAGUUGAAUGUGAGCUUCAACUUACUGUCAUACUUGCCGACUAAUCUUGGGACUGAAUUAAGAAAUCUGCAAAGGCUUUCAAUUCAUUUGAACAAGAUCCGAUGCCUCCCCACUUCUAUUGGUGAAAUGAGUUCAUUGCACUUUCUGGAUGCUCAUUUCAAUGAACUUUGUGGCCUUCCCGAUGAAAUUGGGAGAUUAACAAAUCUUGAAAUUCUCAAUCUGAGCAGUAAUUUCACUGAUUUGAGGGAACUUCCAGACACGCUCGGUGAAUUGACCAACCUUAAAGAGCUUGAUCUAAGUAACAACCAAAUUCAAGCUCUUCCUGAUACAUUUGGUCGGCUUGACAAGCUGACAAAACUCAAUUUGGAACAAAAUCCUCUUAUCAUUCCGCCUUUGGAAGUAGUAAACCAAGGGGUUGAUGCUGUCAAGGCUUUCAUGGCUAAGAGGUGGCUUGACAUACUUGUUGAGGAAGAAAGAAAGUGCAUGCUAGAAGUAAAUGAACAGGCACAGACUGGGUGGUUGACACGCAGUACCUCUUGGUUGAAGAACUAUGUUUCAGUUGUUGGUGGGAGUGUUUCAGGUUACCUUGGAGCUUCUGGAGGAUCUCCUAGGGACCCUUAUCUUGAUGAGCAGCGAUGAUUUCAUAGUCCACUGUCACUUUCAGUUUGCUGCCAACUUCAAGUAUUGAAGUUUUUCUUAUUUUUCCUUAAGCUUCAAUUCCAUCUUUAGUGUUGAAAAGCUAACAAAUUUUGUUAUUGUUAUGAUUCUCGAAUGUGAGUUUUGUAGGAAAAUAUGGGAAUAACCUUGCUAUUAUUAUUGUUGUAAUCUUUUUUGGUUUAUUGCUCUUAAAUAUAACCACCUCACGUUGAGUAUGAAAUAAACUCAUCAUCAUUAUCAUCUUUAGUAUCUAGUGAGCCAAUAGGUACUCAACUUUAGCUUGUAAAAAAUAAUAUGGUACCCCUAAAUAGUAGUGUUAAAUUUUGGAUUCUUUGCAUUUAUAAUAUAUUUUUGCCUACAAAACAUGUUCAUCGUAUGUUUUAAGUAGUGGAAUUUUUUUUUGU